UACUGGCUUUAUAUUCGCAGCUGGUUGGCAAUGGGAGGGAGAGGAGUGGGGAUAGUCGCUGUGAAUACACUGCCUUCAGUAAUCUUCGGGGAAUCAAUUGGACCGCUGAUUAUCGACCAGCAACAGGAGGGAGAACUCGCUGCUACGACUUGGGACUUGGCUUAUAGGCGAGAGGAGACUUGUAUCCGUUUGGUUUUCUGUAUCUCACAGUAAGCAUGGACUCUCGUGCCAGUAGUGUCAUCAGUUUGGGAUUUGCCAUUAUUUGUCUUCGCUGUGGACUUACUUCAGGUAUUUCACAGCAACCUGUUACAAACCUAACGUGGAUAUCAUUCAAUUUCCGCACUGUACUACAAUGGGAGGGGACCUUGAAAAACACUGUGUACACUGUGAAGCUACGCAGUAGGGACUCAGACUGGAAUAGGAAGUCAGAAUGUACCCGGCAAAAAAUAACAAGCUGUGAUUUGACCAGCCUGAUACAGAAUGUAACGGAGACCUAUUUUGCUGAAGUGGAGACCUACAGUGCAGAAUUCACAGAGGAAAUCAAUGAGCCACCUGCGGUCACAUCCUCCCCCUUCCAACCCUUAAAGGACACUGACAUUGGAGAAGCAAGUUUUCAAAUUUUUAAAAAAAGUAAAGAUGAGGUCAAAGUGUUAAUAGAAGAUCCACUUACUGGCAUCAAGUUUCCUAAUAAGACUUCAAAAGCACUGCGUGAUAUCUAUGGGACAAAUCUCAAGUACAAGGUGUUUUACUGGAAAGAUGGCACAAGUGGUCAGAAAACUCAAACUAACAACAAUCAAACAAUACUAAUUAAGAUUGACAAGGGAAUCAAUUACUGCUUUUCUGUUCAAAUCCACAUUACAUCUCCAUUUAAAAAUGGCCCAAAAUCUCAAAGCAAAUGUACAGAUCUUAAAACACCAGAGUAUGGGCUUGGCUUCUAUGCUUUAAUAGCAGUAGGAGCACUACUGGUCAUCAGUAUUAUCAUUGGAGUGACAGUGUGUUUGUGCAGACGUAAGGCUGUUCACAACAGUGCGGAAACAAACCCUCUGAAGACGAUGUCGGCAUAAUUCAAGGAAAUGGGCAAUCACUCCUGUCACCAGCUGCUGGUUGGCUUUUUGUAAGAGUUUUGUAAGAUUAUGACUCUUGUGAAAGUGUACCUCACAGACAUAACUGACCAUUCACAGAUUUAUGGUGAAAAGAAAUAUUUUGUUUCUAUGAAACAUUUAUCGAUGUACCAAGCAAGCAAGAAACUUUGAUUUCUGAGGCACUAAUUGCAAAAAUAAUUCUGACUUAUUGAUUGAUAUGGCAAUUUCAUAUCUUUUUAACUCUUAUCAAUUUUUAAAGGAUGUACUGAAAUAUUGUGCAAGUAUGGGUGUUAUAAAUUUAUUCUAUUUAUUUAAUGACUAAAUCUUAACUAUUUUUCUUUGACUGAAGUGCACCUUGAGGAAUCUUUUGUAUAUUGGGUGUUUGGAAUUUUCUUGUUGGUCUAUCAAAGGGGAAUAUAUCUUUUUUUAAUGUGUUUUAAAUAUUUUUAAUAGAAAUAACUGACAGUACUUAAUAAGUGAUGGUGGUUGGGUGCAAAUAAAACACUUUUAAAAA